CAGGCGGCAGCAGCGGGUAGCGCCUCCCCCCGGUUCCGGGGAGGGCAGGGCGGAAGCGGCUGCCGGAACCAGCCCCAUGGCCGCCGCCGCCGCCGCCGCGCCCGGCAGCGGCUGACACCCCCGCGCCCGGCUGGGGGCGCGGAGCCGCCUAUGGGCCAGCUGCUGUCCAAGCAGAGAGCCAGCCCGAGCGGGGGCCGCCGGCGCGGGAAGGUGCCGCUGCGGAGCUGCUUCCUGCGCGGGCCCUGUAUGCUCUGCUUCGUGGUGCACGGCAGCGCCCGCGCCAGCCCCGGCCCCCGCCCCGGGCCCGGCCCCGCGGAGCAGCGCGCCGCCCGCCGCCAGCGCCUGCUGCUGCUCCUGCUGCUGCGGGGCCUGCUGCCGCCCGAGCCGGCCGCCGACAUGGUGUGCAAGCGCAAGGGCGCCGGCCUGCCUGCCUGCCCGCCCUGCAAACAGCCUCGCUGCGCUGCCGCCGCCGCCGCCUGCCAGUGCCCGGCCGAGCCGCCGCCGCUGUGCCCGCCGCCCUGCGCCGCCAACGAGGGGCCCGCGGGCGCGGGGGACGCCGCGCCGCCCUCCCCGGGCCCGCAACCGCCGCCGCCUCACGGCGACGACAGCGCCGAGCCGGGCUGCCAGGAGCCCGCCGAGCCCCCCGGCGACGCCUGCCGGGAGCCGCCGGCUCCGCCGCCCAACAUCAACCAGCUGCCGCCCUCCAUCCUCCUCAAGAUCUUUUCCAAUUUAUCGUUGAAUGAGCGCUGUCUUUCAGCAUCAUUAGUAUGUAAAUACUGGCGUGACCUCUGUUUAGACUUCCAGUUUUGGAAGCAACUGGACCUCAGUAGUCGUCAGCAGGUCAACGACGAGUUAUUGGAAAAAAUUGCAUCAAGAAGCCAGAACAUAACUGAAAUCAAUAUUUCUGAUUGUCGCAACGUAUCAGAUACAGGAGUGUGUGUGCUAGCUUUUAAAUGUCCUGGACUCCUAAGGUAUACUGCUUACAGGUGUAAACAGCUUUCUGACACAUCUAUCAUUGCAGUUGCCUCUCAGUGUCCUCUGCUACAGAAAGUACAUGUAGGCAAUCAAGACAGACUUACUGAUGAAGGACUCAAACAGCUGGGCUCAAAGUGCAGAGAACUGAAAGACAUUCAUUUUGGCCAGUGUUACAAGAUCUCAGAUGAGGGAAUGAUCAUUAUAGCAAAAGGAUGUCUGAAGUUGCAAAGAAUAUACAUGCAGGAGAACAAAUUAGUGACAGAUCAGUCAGUAAAAGCAUUUGCUGAACACUGUCCUGAGCUUCAGUAUGUUGGGUUUAUGGGCUGUUCUGUUACAUCUAAAGGAGUCAUUCACCUCACAAAUCUAAGAAACCUUUCCAGCCUGGACCUACGUCAUAUCACAGAACUGGACAAUGAAACAGUGAUGGAAAUAGUAAAACGAUGCAAGAACCUUAGCUCCCUUAAUCUUUGUCUGAACUGGAUCAUUAAUGACAGAUGUGUAGAGGUUAUUGCUAAAGAAGGACGGAACCUGAAAGAGCUAUAUUUGGUAUCCUGUAAGAUCACUGAUUAUGCUCUGAUAGCCAUUGGCCGAUACAGCAUGACAAUAGAGACGGUGGAUGUUGGGUGGUGUAAAGAAAUCACAGACCACGGAGCCACCCAAAUUGCACAAAGCAGCAAGUCUCUCAGAUAUUUAGGGCUGAUGAGAUGUGAUAAGGUAAAUGAAGCCACAGUGGAACAGCUUGUGCAGCAGUAUCCACACAUAACCUUCAGUACUGUACUACAGGAUUGCAAGAGGACCCUGGAACGUGCUUAUCAAAUGGGCUGGACACCCAAUAUGUCAACUGCCUCCUAAUGUCCUGUCAUAUUACAGUCCAAUUCUGAUGUAUUUAGUAGGUCUAUUGGGGAUUGCAGAUUUUGGUUGUAGAAUGUUAUUGAGAUAUUUAACAUUUUUGCUUUCUGUAAAAUAUGUGCUGAAGAGUUGUUCCCAACUUGCUCCUUUUAUUUUUAACAUAUUAACUGAUGGAUCCUUGAGGUAAUGAGCAUUUUUGUUUGGUGGUCUCGCCUGGAAAUUUAAGAGGAAGUUCUACUCUCUAGUUGUAGUCAGACAUAUGUAACUGUCCUGAAUGUUAAAUUGUCACCCUAAAAAUCUGCAAGUCCCCAGUGACAUAGAAGAGGGCUCACAACCUUUCUUGAUGCAAUAUAAUAGUAAGUUUACACAAGUUGCAGUAACAUGGAAAUACUAUACACUGAUUUAAUGUACUGUAAACUAUGUAUUAAGGUUAAAACAGAUCUUUAGAAAUGCAUUGUAUCUUUUUGUAUGCAUAAAUACAAUAUAAAAGCCUUUGGCAGAUUUCCUGAAUUGGAUUCCUUCUAGUUCUGUGGAUAGUUUGAGUUAUAGAAGAUAUUAUGUCUGGUUAGGGUUUGUUUUUUUUGUUUGUUUUCUUUCCUUUGCCUCAGUCAUAUGUAUUUCCUUUGGUUUGUAAGUGGUAACUCAGUGCUAGUACCAGUGUAAUUGAUUGGUCUAGACCUUUGCUGAAAUUGGGAACUAAUCCUAAUGCAUAUUAAUAAGUAGACUGAAGCCACCCCUAUGUUUUAAGAUGCACAGGAAUAAGAGAAUCAACAAGUAAGUGUGAUUUUCUUGAAAACAUUAUUCUAAUUAUCAAAAUCAUUAUUUUAAAAUUAAUUUUGAAUGAAACCUUAAUAAAUUAUGGUAAUUACUGAAUGGAUAUUUAAGUAGACAAUCUUGGUUUUGUUGUACAACUGCAAAAAUGAUUUCCCUUUAAAUAGUCAUGUAGACAAUGUCAUAUAGAUUUCUCAGUUUUUGCACCUUGCAUUUUUGUAUUCGGUGAGCUCUUUAAUUUACUACAGAUAGCCUAUUCCCACCUCGUGAGGUAACCUGCUGUAUAGAAGAUGCUAGCUGUGGAGAAAUAAGUGAUAAGACCCUGUUUUUAUAUAUUAUUAAAAUAAUGACUGCUCCAGUUUUUUUAAAAGAAACUUUCUGAAUGAACCAGUCUUCUCUGACUAUGCUCAUAUGUUCCCUGGUAGUAAUGUUUCAAAUAAAAAAAGAAAAUACAACAGAUAAAAGCAACACAGAUGAUUUUUCCUCUGAUUAAAUGCUUAUUUGCUGAUUUAGGAUCCAGUCCUGAUCAGUAAUGAAUGUGUGAGUUGACCUCAGAAGAAUGUUGUGUGGGUGUCAAGUCCAAACACAGAUAUCACUUUGCAGGACUGGGUCCUUAUAUUAGAAGAGAACAAAUGCUGUGGAGGAAAAUGCUUCUUGCAUCCUCUCAAUUUUAAGUCUAAGAAUUGUACUAUAUUAUUUUCAUAUUUAUUCCCCAACUACUGAAGACUACUUUAGUUGGUAAUAUUAUACAUGUUUUUAAUCCAAAACUGAUUUAUAAGAUAGUAUGUGCAGAAAAAAGCUGGAGUGAAUACAUAAAAAGUUUAAUUUUCGGUAUGUCACACUGUAUUCUAAAGACUUAAAUUUGACAAGAAGAUAUUGAAAAUACAGACAUUGCAGCUUCAGUUUGAAGCUGCCUUAACCUUUAAAGUAUUACAAUUUGGUGAAAGAUGAAUUUUUAGUUGUAUAACAUUGCAAAUUUGCUUUUUAAAGGUUACAGUGUUUUAAUCCAAAAUAUCAAAUGUUCAAACUUCAACUGAAGAGUUGCCAUUAUUGUCACAAUGUUUUGCUAAUCCAAGAGAACUGAUGCAGCAUAGCCUAGAAAACAGCUUAACUAUGCCUGUAAGUCUGCCAAAACUGUAUGUCCAGUUCCAUAGCAUUAAUUCCUGAAAACAAGGGAAAGAGUCAGUUCACAGUAAUUUUAGUGACCAUUGUUGAAUGUCUUAUUAGACACUCCAAAAUGAGGUUGAAACCAUUUCUCUGGAUACAAUGUAGAGUUUUUGCUUGGAAUGUUGUAAAUACAUGUGAACAUGUAAAAUGCUGGGCUUUUUAUCUACUCCAAAAUGGCAACAGUAUUUUCAGAAUAAAGACAAUGAGUGCUAUGGCAAAUAUAGUAUAGACCCUUGGUCAUUUGUCUUGAAUGUCUUUUUAUGAGUACAACAAGAUCAUUCACUCCAUUUGUAAGUUUCUAUUUUUCCGUGAAACUUUUGACCUUACAAUGGGUUGCAAUAAAAGAGAGAAGCAAAA